ACUGCAGGGUCACUCACUGCACACCACACCGUUGUCCCGUGGCUUCCUCCGUCGUCUCGUAUUGUGAGCCCAUUGAGAAAGGAACCGGUGGCUUCUGCAGGCGGGAGAGGGAAGGAGGAACAGCGGUUCUGUCAGUACUGAGAGCUUGUUUUGCAGGGAGGAAGUGCAGACCUGGGAAGAUGCCUACACCAGCCGCAGAUGCUUGGAGAUAUUUGCCUGAAGAAAUCCUGGCCCACAUCUUUUACUACCUGCCUCUGAAGGACAGGGAAGCCGCCUACCACGUCUGUCAGCACUGGGCUGUGGCGGUGUCUUCUAGUCCUGUCUGGGCGUUUACGGAGAUCAGUUGCGACGCGGAGGAAGGUACGUUGCUGAGCUUGCACCCGUUCUUGCCCCACAUCAAGCACCUGAAGAUCACGUUUGAUCAGUCCAAGCAGGCGACCCGGAGGAACGUCACCCGGAUCUUGGCCCUGCUGGCGGAGCAGGGCCACAAGCUGCAGGCGCUGUGCAUUGAGUGCCGAGGAGAGAACCCUUACUUCUAUUCUGGCCAGGACAUCCUGCAGAGCAUUCAAGGGAUCUGCCAGAGCGAGAACGGGAUCGAUCUUCGGUACGUUGACUUUCGGAAGAUGCCCUUCACGCUGGAUGACGGCCUUGUGCGACUGAUGGCCUUCAGCUCCCCCAAACUGCACACGCUGUUCAUCAACAACCGCACUCUGGUGUGCAACGUCAAACCCAGCACCCUCGUCGAGGUCCUGCAGGCUUGUCCCAGACUCUCCACUUUGGGGGUUUAUUAUGCUAGCUUGUCUGAGGAAGUGUUCCAGGAAGUGGUGGGGGCAAGCAGGAGCACCUUCAAGUGCCUCGACAUUUUCUGUGAGCGCCUGGACAAGUACAUCCCUGUCAUCCCGGAAAAGCUUUGGGCUGCGGUGAGCGAGAAAUAUCCGCAGCUCCAAGUCAAGCUGGAGUUCGACCACACGGUCCCCGCUUGGAAGAUCCCUCGGAUUCUCAAGGCAAACAUCCCGGUCUCGACGCUGCAGCUUAAUACCUACACAUACAUGGUGAAGCAGAUUGAGUUCGUCACCAGCAACUACAGCAGGACGCUGGAGGUGCUCGUCCUCCGAACCACCUCCUCGGACGACCUCAACUCCUCCCUGAUCGAGCUGGCCAAGCGGUGCGUGCGCCUGAGGGAGAUCCACUGCUACUGCGUGGUGAGCCCAGGUGUGGUGGAGGCAUUCCUUCUGCACUGCACAGGCCUGAAAUGCUACACGCUCAAGACGACCAAAGAACGCAGCCCUUGGGGUGCAACUGUAGUCCAGUGAUUGGCAGCUGGGCCAUUGCAGCCGUGCUCCCCGGCAGCAGGAGCGGCGCUGGCCGGAUUGUGUGGUUACCACCUCCGCCACCAGCUGGGUUUCCUCCCGCUGAGCUGCCACUAUCAGGCAAGACUCCAGUUCCUUCUCCUCUCCUCCGCUGCAGACUGCUUGCUUACCUGCUCUGUGCUCUGGCCCAGAGAACAUAGUGCUGAGAAGGACCAGCAGCGAGCAGCCCUGCCUCUUCGCUCGUUGGCUGUCUGCUUGCCAGGCAAGCCAGCGGAGGUCCUGGCGACGAGAGCUGUUGCAGAAACGGGCAACGACGCUGGAAGGAAGGCAGGGCCUUGAGGGGAGGGCAGCCUGCUGCAGGUGUCCAGCCCACAGGUCUCCAGAACGUGGUGUUGGCAUGACUAAAGGACUUUGCUGUGCAAGUUUCGCUGGAGUCAGCAGCUGGUGUUUUGGAGCACGCUGAAAUUAGGUGCCAUCGAGUCUAUCAGGUGAUAUGAAACACACACCGAUCCCAUUAUCUCACAUUAUUACUCUGCUUUUGCACUAGGCACAGGUUAGUAAAAAUAGCACCAGAGGUGCAGGUCGGUAUAUUUUUCCAGCUCUUGUACAAUCACAGAAGUACACAAACUGAUUUUAUGGCCUUUAAUAAUUCACAAUAAAUAUUUGCAGACAGAAAUACAGUAUUGUUCAUGCAGGGGCAAAAAGCACAUGCAGAAAUACAAGGGGUCUUCAAAAAGUUUAUGCACUUUUUAAAACUCUAUUUAUUUAUUUAAAACUUUUAUAUACCGUCCCAUCAUUGAUGUCUCAGGACGGUGUACAACACCACCAAUAAAAUAAACUUUAUUAAGCUUAAUAAAAUGUAUUAAGAAUUUCAAAAAUAAAUCACAUCAGUUUUCUACAUAGUUACCUUCCUUUGCAAUGCAUUUUUCCCAGCAACAUACCAACUUUUUAAUGCCAUCAGCAAAAAAAAUAUUUAUAAAAUAUAAAGGUAUUGAAACUUUUUGAAGACCCCUUGUAUAUAGACUGCAAUGGAUGGAGUCACCUGUAUUAGGUCAAAAUGUUAACUCCAGCAUCCAAACUUGAGCUUCCUCGGCUAGUUUCGUGGCAUUAAAGCCAGAGGAAAAAAUAAUGUUCACUACCAGUUUAUGUAUGUAUGUAUGUAUUUAUUUAGCAGACUUACAUGCCACCCCAUUCGCCUAAGCCUCGGGGCAGCUUACAAA